ACCAAGAUGGCGGUCAAUUCCGCAAAUGUGUAUAAUUAAAAUUUUGGUAUUUAAAUCGAUUGUUUGGAUAAAAUUUUGCUUCUGUUUGCCCCAAAAUGGACAGCGACGGAUUGCCCAUUAUGGGGCCAGCUAUUGACUUAACUAAGGUAGGAUUUCGCGUGAUAAUUUAGUUGAAAAUUUAAUGUCAAUUAAAUGGUUUCGAAAAUAUAUCCUGUUGGAAUUUUGUUCCGUUAAUGUACCAUAGAAAUAAUAGAUACCUAUAAUCUGUAUCACUGUAUGGGUUGUUCAGUACGUAAUAUAAGUUUGUAGGUUUCAGUAAUAGAAGCAAUAUGAUUAAACUUACUAAUUUGCCACCAAAUUCAAGACUAUUACAUAUUAUAAACUUAUAACAUAUAUAUGACAUCAUAUAUAUCACAUUAUUUUAAUUAACUCAACUCUUGUGUAUAAAGUUGUAACUGCAUGCAGGUUGACCAAAUUAUAUUAAUACAUUUUUAUGCCUAUUUUCACUAUAAAUUGUGAGCAUAUAUAAUAUGAACAUUCUGACACAUAGUAAAAUUCUAAAUCCUUUGCAUCAUCAGGUUGGCUCAAUACAACAGAAAAGAACUAUUGCAUUUCUGAAUCAUUUUAUAACUCAUACGGUGACCUUUUUAAACAGAUUUUCCUGCGUCUGCGAAGAGGUAAGAAUUAAAGCAACUCUCACGAAAAGUUGGAUAUUGAAAUGUUGCACUGCCCCUAAAAGUCUGACCCCUUUGAAUUCAGCAUUGAUAUGAUUUUUUCACACAGUGUGAUCACAAUAGGAAUUUUGCAUGGGUAAAUUCUAAGUUUUGUUUUAUUUAGAAAUUAUCAGAUCUUUCCAACAGACUUCAAAGAGUUGAUGUCACGAUGAGCAUUUUAGAAGCAAAGGUAAAAUUAAACAUGAUGACCACCAUCAUCAUCAUCACCACAACUAUCACCACCAUCAUCACCACAACUAUCACCAUCAUCAUCACCACAACUAUCACCAUCAUCAUCAUCACCACAACUAUCACCAUCAUCAUCACCACAACUAUCACCAUCAUCACCACCACAACUAUCACCAUCAUCAUCACCACAACUAUCACCAUCAUCAUCACCACAACUAUCACCAUCAUCAUCACCACAACUAUCACCAUCAUCAUCACCACAACUAUCACCAUCAUCAUCACCACAACUAUCACCAUCAUCAUCAUCACCACAACUAUCACCAUCAUCAUCAUCACCACAACUAUCACCAUCAUCACCACAACUAUCACCACCAUCGUCACAAUCGUCACCACCAUCAUCAUGAUCAUCAUUGUCACCAUCAUCAUCACCACCAUCAUAUCACUAUCAUCACCAUCAUCAGUUCAUCACCAUCAUCACAAUCACCUUCAUCACCACCACCAUCAUUAUCCCACAAUCAUCACUAUUGUCACCACCAUCAUCAACACAUGUCACAUACAACUGCAAACUGUAAUAAACUUGCAACAUUUCCUUUACAGCUAGCAUCAAUUCCUGGCUUGGAAAAUGUUAGUGUAGCAGAAACUGCCACAGCCAGACCUGCCCCAAAUGAACCAGCUGUUGCUAUGCCAACACCGUCACCUAGUGUUGCUGAUACUAAUGUCCCUAAUGUAAGUAUAUGAAUAUAAGCCCCCCCCCCCCCCCCCCCCCCCCAAAUAUAAGUCCCACGAAUAUAAGUUCCACGAGUAUAAGUCCCACGAAGAUAAGCCCAGUAACCCACUACGUUAUUCAACAUUGUCAUUGUCUUUUAAUAUAGCUCAGAGAACAAUAUUUAAAAACAUUGUCAUUGUCUUUAUAGCUUAAUAUGUUAAUCAAAGUGUGUUAUUAAUAAUAAUACAUGUUUAUUUUCCUGUUUAUGACUGACUUUUUUAUUACUAACACAAAAGCCCGCUUAUGAAAGAAUGUAAGCCCGGGCUUAUAGUCGGAGGUUUACAGUACUUCAGUGGAGCAUUUGACCUUCACGUCGCUUACAAGUGUUUUCUUUCUAUUCUGUUAGAAUGAUGAAGCACCACCACCAGUUGAAGAGGAACCACCACAACAAGGUAUUAACCCAUUGAGUGGCAGCACUCUCUCCUUGAUGAGUAAAAUAGCUAGUAAUUGACAGAUUGCGCAACAAUUGGAAAUUACCGAUUAUUCAUGCCACAAUCUGCCAGAUACCGAUGCCAAUACUGAUUUUAUAAUGACGUCAUAAUAUCAGUCGACCGAGUAAAGUCGACAAUCAUUUUUAGACAAUUGGAAAUAUAGCUAAUUCUACCAAUUCCGAUUGUUUGCUGAUAAGGCAAAAAUCGGUCCGAUACCGAUUAUCGGUCAAUCAGUAAAAAUAACUCAAAUAACUGAGGAGAAAUGGCUACCUUUACAGUGACAUCAGUAAAUGUUUAGAAUUGGCGAUUUCUCGGAUAAGAAUGUUAAAUUGUAGGUGCCUCGGAUCUCCUAUUAACUGGACAAAAGCCUGUUGGGAAAUCCGCUCACUAAUGAAUGACAAACUCAAUAAACAAACCCUUUGAGUGACAGCACUCUCCCCUUGACGAGUAAAAUAUUGUCUGAUGUUAGACGUACACUGAGUAGCGAUAUUCGAUCGUAAUGCACCAACUUUUUAAAAAUUCGUAUUCAAAUUAAAAAACUUUUUAUUCUCUCAACUAUAAUGUGUUUUUAAUACUUGGGUCUCUAACUCAGAUAUGCCUAAUUUAGUUACGUCUAUCUGACUACUAGCAGAGCUGUGAAUUCAAUAUUAGGAAUAAGGAAGUAUAAAUAAGGACGCCCAUAAAUCAAUAAGCCUUAUGGUUUCUACUUGGGCUUCCGCGUCACAUGUAUUUUUCAUUAAUAUACGUUUCUCUUGUAAAUAAUUCCUUUUUUGUGGCAAUUUAUAAAUUUAAUAAACUGAAUGGUUGAUUUCAGCUACAGACUAAAUUUUGAUCUAGGCAAGAAGAACAAAAUCCAUCACCACAGCUAGAAAGAGCAUGUUAGAAUUAGUAAAAUUGCAAAGUUUGGCCGCGAAAUGUUGUAAAAUGUGGAAAACAUAGCCCUACAAAAUUCGUAAAUUUUGUGUUUAAUAAUUUGUAUUACGCACAGGAAUUUACACCACUUUCGGCCCAAAUGUGGUGUAUUUUCCCGCGCGUAAUACAAUACAAAAUUUGCAAAUUUCGCAGGGCUAUGUUUUCCGCAUUUCACAAUAUUUUGUGGCCAAACUUUGCAAUUUUACUAAUUUUAACAUGCUCGUUCUAGCUGUGGUGAUGGAUUUUGUUCUUCUGGCCCAGAUCAAAAUUUACUCUGUAGCUGGAAUUGCCCAUUGACAUCAGCAAAUGGUUAGACUUGGCGAUUUUUCGGAUAAGGAAGUUAAAUCGUUAGUACCUCGGAUCUCCUAUCAGCUGGACAAAAGCCGGGACUCCGCUCACUAAUGAGUGACAAACUCAGUAUGACAAACCCUUUGAGUGACAGCACUCUCCCCUUGUCGAGUAAAAUAUUGUUUGGGCCACAUAAAAUAAAUUCCUUGAUUCUCAUCGCCGCCCGACUGUAUUUUAAGAGCCGCGUGAAUUUUUUUAUUUUUUUGUUAUACAAUAUAAAUGUACCGCCCGACAAAAUAUUUCAAGACAGUUAAGUUUUUUAUAUUUUAUAUUGGGUUUUUAAACUGCCAAUUUCAAACAAAUAGAACCUUGAAAGAAAUUUCAUUGCAUUUUAAAAUUAAUGGAACUUCGCAUUCAGUUCAAGGGCCAGUCAUUGUUCGUGGAGAAAUAUGUUUAUUUCAGUUUGUGACACUUUUAUUUAUUGAUAUAUAUUAAAUUAUAUAAAUAUAAAAUAUAAACUUCCCGCCUCUUCGACAUUUUCAAAGUGUAGUGAUGAGAAUCAAGGAAUUUAUUUUAUGUGGCCUUGGUGUUAGACAGAGUAAAAAUAAAGUCGGGAGCACGAGGGCGCAUUACCACUUGCAGGUAAAGGGUUAAAAACCUAUGGCCUAAGCUUUUCGUGUAUCUUUUGGGCAAUAAAAUGCCUAGGUAUGAAUAUAAUUAUUUUGUUCAAUUUCUUAGUUAUGACUGUUAGACAAGAUCCACGCUAUGCAAAAUAUUUUCGCUUGAUAAAAGUGGUAAGUCCAAAAAUUGUUUCUGGAAUAGAAUAGAAUAAUUUAUUUAAUGUCGAAUGACACAGAGUGUGGUUGCCCAAUCACUCGAGCCAGGGGCUCAUGAUAGAAGUGCUCGACAAAAUACCUAUACCAAUGUAUAAAAUAUUUACAUGGUAUUAAUUAAUUAAUAAUCUAUAUACUAAUAUACUAACACUACUACUACUACUAAAUGCAUGCAUAGCAUUGACAGCCAAGUAAACCCCCCAAAUAAAUUUGCCCCCAAAAAACAAAUAUCUAGUUCUUUGCGCAAAAAUAUUUGGCCCUUUUGAUAAUGACUGGGGCCCAACAAAAAUUUUCUAGGGGCCCCCAGAACCUGGGGCAAUUUGCCCCCCCCCCCUCUCGGCGGCCCUGGGGUAAGUCUAAUGUACAUGUUGAGUGUUUAUUUACAACAUACCUUAUCGUAUUUUUGUGUGUGUUGGUGUGAUGUACUCAGGUGAAUAUGAUGUUUGUGAUGUUACUCUGAGUGUGCAUCCACACCGGGCAAGCUGAAAAGUUUGCCUGACCACGGUGGGAAUCAAACCCGCGACCUUUGGGAUAUUAGUCCAAUGCUCGACAAACUGAGCUACGAGGUCAAGUCUGUUCGAGUUGGUUCGGAACUGAGUUUAGUAUAUCGAAGGAAUUAGAUUCAGUUCGAAAUAUCACCAACUCGAACCGACUUGUCCUCGUAGCUCUAAGCGAGUUCGAGGUGUUCUACUGUUUGACCAAUCAUCAUUUCAUCUUUAAUUAAUCAUAUUUAGGGUGUUCGGCUCCAAGAUCUACAACCGAAAGUCAUAGCUGAUGGGUUGGAUCCUUCCCUACUUGAGUAAGUACCUUGAAAUAAUAUACAUCUACAUGACAUCUAGAGUAUACAGGAUUCUGGAAAAAUUUCCUUUCCAGUUAUUUAAUGGAAAUUUCGAAUUUGAAACAAUCGACAAUUCCGGCUAUCGACUAAUUUUUAUCUAGACAAGAAAGACGAAAUAUAUCAUUAUAGCUCGAAGAGCAUCCUAAAAUUAGUGAAAUCGCAAAGUUUGGUUGCGAAAUGUUAUAAAAUACGGAAAAUAUAGCCUUGUGGAGUUGUGAAAUUAGCGAAUUUUCAGUAUUUUAGUAUUACGCGCGGUAAAAAUAACCACUUUCGGCUCAAAAAUGGUUAUUUUUACCGCUCGUAAUACUAAAAUACUGAACAUUUGCUAAUUUCACAGGGCUAUAUUUUUCGUAUUUCACAACAUUUCGGCAUUUCGCAAACCGAACUUUGCAAUUUUACUAAUUUUAGCUAUAAUGAUAUAAUAUAUUUCGUCUUAAUUGUCUAGAUAAAAAAUUAGUCGAAAGCUGGAAAUGUUUAUUGCCUUUGAGAGAAGCGGAAAAAUAUGUGCAAAUUUUCUUCCUUUAUGAAAAUUUGAAAGAAAUUUUAAUUUUGGAGAGUCGAUACACUGCCUCCAGCAUAUAUUCAGCGUCACCCCAGAAAAUGUGUACUCGCUUGCUGGAUAUUAUGGGACUGAUAAAUAAAUCCCUAUUUAUCAUUCAAGGACCCCAGAUGCCCCUGCUCCAGGUGGUGGUCAAGUUUCUAAGGAUAGCGAUGAUGAUGAGCCGUCAAGCGCCUCGUCCUUUAGUGACGAUGAUUAAAAUUCUGGAUCCAAAACUCGAUCUGAAUAAUCUUGAAUUCUAAUGAUUCUCAAUUGUAUUAUAAACUAUUAGAUAUUUUGCUUCGUUUAAUGAUUAUUUUAAUCCAAAAAAAACUCUUUAUACCUGAAAAAUAUGCCUCAGGAAAUUUAUGCUAGAAUGCAGUAUAAUUUACUUGUUUACAAUUUGUAUUUGUGGCUAUAAAAUACGCCUGUUUUCGAAAUACCUUAAAUUAAAGAUGAUUUCCACUCCGUUCUGCGCAUCAGUUCUGCUCAGGCCCAAAAUAAAUAUGUGGGUUUCCGGUUUCUUCUUAUAAAAACUUAGGUAGGGUAGGUCGGUUUUAACUUUUUUUUUAAACUUUUUUUUAAUUUUCCGAAUAAGGGACGCCAUUUUGUUUAGUCAGUGCUUCCACAUCCAAAGAUAAAUUUCCCUAAUAUUGCCUCAAAUUUCAAUUUUCCACAAACUUUUUCCUCUAAGUGGAAACAUUUACAAGCAUGAUCCAAUAAAAAAGUUUAGGGUCGGGAUUUCGACGUCCAAAAGCUAGGUAGGGUCGGGAAACCGGAAACCCACAUAUUUUUUUUUGCCUCAUAAUAAAGGGGGACCCCCAGAUAUAAACAUUGCAAACAUUUUGCAUCUUUCGAACUUUUUUUAAUUGAAACGUAGAGUUUAUACUCAUUUACAAGUAUAGCGAACCAGAAAAGUGUUAGAUACUCAGUUAGUGUAUCAUAUGUUACAAAUAUAGCAGUUCAAAACGUAAACAAAGUUCGCGCAUGCGCACAGGAGUGGACAUCAUCUAUAAGGCCGUUUUCCACUAGGGGGAAUUUUCCGCGCGUAGCAGAAUUUCUCAUUGUCUUGUGAUUUCUCGGGUGGAACUAAUUAGAAAAGACAAAGAGAAAUUCCGCUCCGCGCGCAAAAUUCCGCCUGGUGGAAAACCGGCUUAAUAGCCAAGAUUUGUGGCUAUAAAGUACGCAUGUUUUCGGCAUCCAUCCUGCUUUUCGGCAUAGCUACAGUACCUUAUAGCCAUGGUUUGUGGCUUUAAAGUACGCCUGUUUUCAGCAUACCUUAUAGCCGUGGUUUGUGGCUUUAAAGUACGCCUGUUUUCAGCAUACCUUAUAGCCAUGGUUUGUGGCUACGAAGUGUGUCUGUUUUCAGUAUACCUUAUAGCCGCGGUUUGUGGCUAUAGAGUGUUUGCAUGUGACGUCAUAAACAUUCUAAAAGCGCGUUUAACAUAUAUAGUUGCCCAUUUUAUAUAUUUUGUAUAUCCUUACCGCUACAAGUAUUCCUGGCAAAUUUCAAGUCGAUGCAGUAAUUCAUUCGCAAGUUGAAGGGGCUUGAAUAAUUUAUAUUGCUGACGUCAGCAUUAUUUUGAAAGGCCGUUAUAAGCUACGCGGUUUUCCAAACGUAAGUUGAAAUAGUUCGGUCGGCUUUCAAAAGUUUUAUAUACUUAACAUCAAACACAAUUGUGGACCUGUGUGAUAAAAUAUAUCUUUCCUUGGGCAUUUACUACACGGCCGCCAUGUUGGUGGUCUGAGAUUGCGUAAUAUUGGACCACCAACAUGGCGGCUGUGUAGUAAAUGCUCAAGAAAAGAUAUAUUUUAUCACACAGGUCCACAAUUGUGUUUGAUAUUAAUUAUAUAAAACUUUUGAAAGCCCACCAAAAUAUUUCGACUUAUGUUUGGAAAACCGCGUAGCUUAUAACGGCCUUUCAAAAUAAUGCUGACGUCAGCAAUAUAAAUGAUUCAAGCACCUUUAACUCGCGAAGGAAUUACUGUAUCGACUUGAAAUUUGCCAGGAAUACUUGUAGUAAGGAUAUACAAAAUAUAUAAAAUGGGCAACUAUAUAUGUUAAACGCUUAAGCUUUUAGAAAUUUUAUGACUUACAUGCAAACACUCUAUAAACUAUAAAAGUACGCCUGCUUUCAGUACCUUCAGAGUUCAAUAUAAUUAUGAAAACUUGGUCUGACAUUGUGUCAGACCAACCCAUGUUUUUGUGGUACAUGAUCCGACACUUCAUUAUUCUCAAAAGAGACGUUGCCGGUUGUCACAGUACUAGAAACCAAAACAACUACGUACCAAAAGUCCAAAACCACAUGCAUAAUGGUUAACAAAAUUACACAAUAUCAACGACAACUUACUCAUUAACAAUAGUAUAUAUAAUUGAUAUAAUAUACAAAUAAUGAAUGUUUCUUCGUGCAAUGGUAAGAAUAUUUUCAUGAGGUGAAAGAUGGAAUGUUCCAUUCAACGAGGCGACAGCCGAGUUGAAUGGAACAUUCCAUCUUUCACCGAAUGAAUCGAAAAUAUUCUUACCAUUGCACGAAGAAACAUUCAUUAUUUGUUUUAUAUAAUACCAAAAGUCCAGAACAGACUAAUAAAUUCGUAUGAGAAGCAUUUUGAGGGAUGCGAUUUAUCGAAAACACAAAGAGUGCAAUUGUACUAUACGUUUUAUUCCAUUGCACUCGCGGAGAGUGCAAUGGAACGCGUUCCAUUGCACUCUUGGGAAAUGGAAUUUUCUAUUCAAUAUCACGUGACCAUAAACAGCCAAUUAAACGAUUAGAAUUUAAUAAGGUAUUAUAUAAUAUAAAAUAUUUCUCUUAACACACGAGAUGACAUUGUUAUUGUGUGGAUCGGGACGAAGUCAGAUUCUAUGAUUGUCUAGCAGACGGAAUAUUUGUUUGCAUGUGUUAAAGUUUUCAGAUUUUGUUUAAUUUAAAAAGAUUUGCAACAAUAAAUUUUAAGAAAGAAAAAACUAUUGAAAUUGAUGAGACAAAACGGUUGGGAACAAUGUCCGUGCAGAGUAAUCAGUAGACGGCCAUAUCAGCAUUUUGCUCGGCUAAUGGCCGACCGUUAUAUUGAUCCCUGAGUACCUUAUAUUUGUGGCUAUGAAGUGUGUCUGUUUUUGGCAUACCUUAGGCCAUGGUUUGUGGCUAUAGAAUGUGCCUAUUUUUGGCACCCCUCACCGUUCUCUGAGAUCUACAUAUGCAGGAAGUUUUAUAUUUGACUUACACAGGGAAUUUUUAUUUUUUGAUUUUUCUGCCAGAAGAGAAAUAUAUUUUCUAGGCCUGACACUUAGCAACACAACUGUGAUAGGACUCGCCUAUCAUGAACCCAAUACAUGUUUACUAUCUAUACAAGGGUGUAUAUAAAAAAGGUAUGCAAAUUUGACAGCUUAUCGUGUGUUAAUUCUUACGUUUAUAACUUUUCUGUUUACGUAUUUAUAAAGAUCAGGCUCUCAGCUGUCGAAUGACACCUUUAUGGAAUCAUUGCGAUAAAGAAAUGACCAACUAUACGAUCUGAUUUAAAGUCAUCGGUUGAAAUUGUAUUUUUCCACUUUUAGGAUUUAAAUAUUCAUUUCCACUCAAGAAAAAUUUCCACGGACAGAAAAUGUUCCGAAAAUAUCAUUGUUAAAAGUUGAAAAUUUUUCAAAAUUUUUUUCCGAUGGAAAACUUGUGUCGACCAAUCACAUUUUACAAAGUUUUCUUUCUGCGGAAAAUUUUCCUGAGUGGGAAUGGGCCUUAAAAGUUUGUUUGCCCAUUCGCGAAACGCAUGGCAUUGCGAGUCCAGUCUGCAAACUUCCUGUUCUGCAAAAUGUUUUAAUCACUCAAUAUCGAUGCAAAAUUGCGACUGGAAAUUUACCAAAACUUGAUGCUCACACAUGCGCUGUUCCAUCUUGAUUCAAGCGACUUAAAUUUGAAUCCCAAAUAAUUCCAGAAUACUCAGAGAAUAAUUUCAACACUCAGACAAUAGCUUUACAAGCAAUUCCCAACGGUGGGAAAAUGCGAUUUCGAGCGGCAUUUUUAAAUCGGAUCAUAUUUGGCUAUUUUUGAUCGCAAUGAUACAAGAAAGGUAUCAUUCGACAACUAGAAGCCUGUCAUAACAUGUCAAAGUCGGGUUACCUUUUUUUAUACACCCUGUGCGUUAUAUACAAUUUUCUACCCAAAUUUUAAUAUCUAAAACACAGCUUUAUCAUUUGUUGACAACACAACUAAUUCCUCGUCAGCCUGAGUUUGAACGGCACUAACAAACAUUUCAGAAUUUACUUCAGUGUUUGUUUGAAUAGGGGUCGGAGUCUUUUCUUGUUUGCUUUCUGUUUCAUUGUCUGUACUCUCAGUGUAUUCACUCAAGACUUCAAUUUCGUCGUCGCUGUAGUCUGCUGUCUGUGACGGACCUGCACUGUCUGUUUCGUCUGUUGAGUUCUUGACCAACACUGGCUUGCCUAGAGGGAAUAUUGUAUGGAGUAUUGUUAAGUACAUGUUCUUG